CCUCGGCAUCCGCCGCCGCUCCACCGGCCGCCGCCGCCAGACCCACCGGUGCUCCGGAGCACGGCGGAUCGUCGCGGACGGCGCACCAGCCGCCGCUGCCUCCGUCGCACUCGUCGAGUGGCUCUUCCUCUGGACAGCGGCCCGACUCGCACAAGCUGGCAGCGCGCGCCUACCGCGACAAGAAGGAGCGCGAGCACUUCAAGGUCGACAAGAAGCGUGACAGCGAGCGCGACCGGAGACCAGCGCCCCGGCCGCCGCUGAAGCAGGAGCCGGGUGCCUCUGGCGACUCGCACAAGCCGCGCCAGGACGCACUGCACAAACCGAGCAGUGUCAGUGACGUGCGCGACUUGCUGAAGGACGUGGACGCUCGGCACAGUCUGCUGAAUAGCAUGGAGCACCCGGCGCAGCGCGGCGCCGAGCCGCCGCGGCAGUCGCACUCUCGGCCGCACCCCGGCCACGCGCGGCCGCACCCGUCCGCGCCGCCGUCGGCCGCCGCCACCGCCGACAAGCCGCCGCACUCGCGGAGUGGCCAGGAGCUGUCGGGCAGUCACGGGGCGCGUCACCCGUCGUCGCAGCGGCACAGGACUGACGGUGACUCGGCCCACAAGUCGGGCCAUCACCGGCGGUCGGCGCCGUCCGCGGCCGCCGGCUCCGGCGCGCCGCCGCCCUCCUCCAGCAAGGCGCCCAAAGUGGAGCGGCCGCCGCCACCGCCGCCGCCUCCCGUCUCGUCCUCGGUGCCCACCAAGCAGGAGAAGCGGUCGCCGCUGCGGCUUGACCAGCCGAACGGCGUGUCUCUGCCGACGGCGCCUCCGCCGCCGCCGGUCCGGGACCCGCUCUCGGCCAGCCUGGCUCUGGCGCAGAUCAAGGACGAGUUCAUGCCGACGCCGAUCAUUAGUCCGCUGCGAUCGCCGCUGUUCAGCACUACCUCACCGGACCUUGCCGACGCGCUGCCGCCGUCAGAGCCCGAGCCGUCGCUUGCCAGCAUUGUGCCAAAGAUGGAGAAGAAGUUGUCUCCGCUGUUCUUCACCGAAUCGUCUCCUCCCGCCCCACCGCCGCCGCCUCCGCCGGCUCCGGCGCCGCCGCCUAUAAAGGUAGAGCACAAGACUCCGCCGCCCGUGGUGCCGCCCCCGCCACCGGCCGCGGCGCCGGCGCCUCCGCGCGCCCCACCUGCCGAGUCCAAGUCGCGACCGAAGCCGCUCUCGCCUCUGAAGCUGCCCACGAACGGCAGUGGUGGCGGCUCCAUCUUCAGUCCGCCGGCGACGCGGCCCUCGCGCGGUCCGCCCACCGAUCCGGAGCUGGUGCUGCCCAAAGUGGACGACAUCCCCAUGUUUAGCCCUCUGAAGGGCGGCACUACGGGGAGCAUCCGUCUGCCGCGCGGCGGCGGCCCGCUGCCCGGCGAGCCGCGCUCCAACUCCAUCAGCAGCCACGACAGUGACUUUGAGCUGGUCGCUCCCGCUCCGUCGCUGCCGCCUCCCCCGCCGCCGCCGCCGGCCCCGGUGGCGCCCGUGUCUGCGGCUCAGGCGGCCGUGCCGUUCAAGACGGCUCCGUCGGAGGACGUGGCGCUGGCGAAGGUGCCGUCGGCGCCGCCCUCUCUGAUGAAUGCUCCGAUCUCGACGAGUUCUCUGCUGGGAGAGGCGGGCCGCGAGGACCGCCACAAGCACAAGGAGAAAAAGAAGAAAAAGAAGGAGCACAAAGAGCAUAAGGAGCAUAAGCACAAGAAGGAGAAGAAACACAAGGAGCAUAAGGAGAAGAAGAAGGACAAGCACCGUGAUCGUGAGGAGCCCAAGCUGAAGAUAACCAUUUCCAAAGACAAGCUGGAGGGCACGGAGUCGGCGGCGGCGGCGGACACGUUCAUUCCCAAGUUGACCAUCCGGCGUGAGAGCAGUCCGCUCUCCAGCCCGGGCAACUCGCUCAAGAUCCGCAUCGGCAAGGGCCAGGUGACGCCGGCCGAGGCGCCCAAGGCGAAACGUCGCCGCGAGAGCUCCGAGUCGGACCCGGGCAGUCUGGUGGCCUCGCUGCACACCUCGGCGCCCAAGCACAAGCACAAGCACAAACGGCACCGUCAGGACUCGGACCGCUCGGACGCUCUCCAUUUCUAGCCGAUCGGCCGACCGCCGCCGCCGGCUCGCCCCGCGGCCCCGGCCCCGGCCCCUGCGCGGCGGUGGCGCUCCGCCCGCCGCGCGCCAGCCGCCUACCCCGGGCUCUAGCUAAUGUGUAUUGUGUUCAUGGACUCUGUGAUGUAUGGCGUGGUGCGGACGCGCGCUUCCCGGCCCGCCCGGCGCUCUCCAGCGCCAGGGGCGGCGCCGGAAACUUGAGUGCUGUGAUGAUAAAAAACGUGUAAGUCUUUCCGAGGUGGGCGCGCACGUCCUGGAGCGCUGGACCCGGCAUCGGCACUGUCUCCAGCCCUCCCGUCCGCGCUACCCCGCCCGGCGCCGCCCUCGCUGCGCGCCGUCACUCACUACGCGCUCCCAUCGCGCGUUGUUGCUCAGCCGGCCGGAGCUGGCCGGUCCGCCGCCGCGGCGCCCCGAGCGCGGCCCGCGGCUGUUGGUAUUCGUGGUGCAAUGUGGCCAGAGAGGCUGCCUAAUCUGCGCCCGCCGGCCCAAGGUCCUGUUUUGUACCUACGUAUAUUUUGUAUGUAUCCGUAACAUGCAUGUUAAUGUAUGUCUAGGUAUGUUGUGUGCGGGGAUUCGUCCCUAUGAUAAAUGCCUGGCUACCGCCACAUUUAUGCAAUAUAUCGUAAAGUGUGA